AGCCUCCUUCAGCAGCUUUCUGACAACAGUCACUGAUUCGCCUAAUUCCGCUAAGAUGGUUUACACUAUGGCUGUUUUCCUGUUGGGCACCUUCGUCUUCGGUACCCAUGCAUGGGGUCCGACAGACUGCGCCUACUCCGUCUGGAGCGAAUGGAGAUCUUAUAACAGCGGGACUUUCCAGUUCCGCACUCGGGACAUCCUCCGUAACGCCAGGCAAGGUGGCCAGCCAUGUGUUGGGGACAGAGUUGAAUACAGACCAGUCAACGCGCAACUCGAUCCGGGUUUUGAGGGAUUUUUGUCCAUGUUUUUGGCGGGAAACGCCCCGUCGUUCAACUUAGCAGGAGGAGGGUUCUAUACGCUGUCACGUGACUUUGUCAUUCUUCUCGACACAACAGUAAAUGUCCAGUUGUUCCCAUAUUAUAAAUCUCUGGUGUCGAACAUCUUGGGGAAGGUAUGCGGGGAUUUCUCAAGCAACCCCAGUGACAACCGAGUCACUAUGGCGUCGUUUGACAGCUCAGAGACGGCGAUUCACACAUUUUCUGAUACCCAGUCAAGGGAGAUAAUGCAGGACAAAGUCCUGAAGGUUCCUAGAUCCCAGUACAGCACUUACGCUAACAUCAUACCGGCAGCUGACUUUGCCAGGACCACUUUGCACAGUGAUACUUCAGGCACCAGAACAUAUAACAAUGCAACAAAGGAAGUUCUCCUUGUGACGUCAUCUCCGGAUUACUGCUCGCGCGGUCUGACCAGAGCCUUGAAUCGUCUUCGUACCGUAGCCGAAGUUUACAUCCUUGUCAUUGGUCGCACUAGUAACUCCUGCCUGGAGAGCCUUGCCACUUCUCCGACCGAGUUUCACUUCCGGCAGCUUGAGGACGUCGCUGCUAUCACGGACGGUUCUGCACUUUUGUUAGAUCAGUCGCAAGGAAACAACUUCUGCGUUCGCAACACGGGUGGUGGACAACACUACUGAGAGAGUCGGUAACUGACCAAAGUGUUACUUGAAGCCUUCCAUGAUUCAACUUAAGUUUAAUGUGCAUAUUUGGUGAAGUAAUUUGCCAGUAUUAUUAUAUCUGUCGCUUUAGAAGUUAUCUCAAACGGCCAUAAGCAUUGUCCUUGGAUUUUAUAUCCAAGUCCACCAAAUGUUGAAGUGUAUCGGUUGUAGCGCUCUAAGCAUCCUUGUACAUAUGUGCGUAGAACCAUUGCUUAUUCAUUUUUGUAAAACGUGAUUCCACACCAUCGUUGUAAGUAGAAGACAUCUAAGUUAUUUUAGAGUUGUUCAGGGUGAAAUUUCCAACCUGAUACUAGAUCCUGGAAUAUGACAAUGUUCAAAACAUGAUUAAAGAUUCACAACUGUACAUAAAAGAUAUGGAUUGAUAAUAAUAAACCUUUUUAGUGUAUCUCGAAGAUUUAUGUCAUUUAUCUUUAUGUCAUAUGAAAUGGCGUUUUCUGGCUGUGAAUGAUCUCGGAUGAAUGAAUAAAUGCGCUGAAUCCUGCACGGUCAUCGACGAAAAAUCUAAAUACACACAAGAA